UUCAAAAGGUCAGUAGAAUUUAUCAUCUGUUGACUGAAAGGAUCGAUAAAACGAAGAUAAUAAAAAAUACAUAACCCGCUUAUACAAAUGUUUCCUACCGGCACUACUAUUAUUCGUCUUACAACAGCAUCGUCAAGGCGAGCGAUCGGUCGAGCGCUACACACUUCUUACAUAGCCAUGGCACCCAUAAAGGUUGGUGAAUCUCUGCCGGUGACGGAUUUGUUUGAGGAUUCUCCAGCAAACAAAGUGAACGUAUGUGAUUUGACGGCGGGGAAAACAGUGGUGCUGUUUGCUGUGCCUGGUGCAUUUACCCCGGGGUGCUCGAAAACCCACUUGCCGGGUUACGUGCAGAAUGCGGACAAGAUCAAGUCAGAUGGUGUAGACGAGAUCGUGUGCGUGUCGGUCAACGAUCCCUAUGUUAUGGCAGCCUGGGGGCUCCAACACAACACUAAGGGAAAGAUCCGCAUGCUUGCUGACCCCACCGGUGCAUUCAUCAAAGCGUUGGACCUCGGCAUCAACCUGCCUCCCCUCGGCGGAUACCGCGCCAAGCGCUUUUCCAUGGUCAUCAAGGACAGCAAAGUCGACCAACUGAACGUGGAACCCGAUGGCACUGGCCUAUCUUGCUCCCUGGCUGACAGACUCAAAGUCAAGUCGUAAACUAUAGAUGACUUAAUGACUACGUAGAGGUCCAUUCCCUAAUCUUAUAAUUAGUGCCCUUUUCCAUCGCACUCCUACGAAUUUACGAGUACCUAUACCUUUAACAUAAGAACGACAUCUAUGUAAGUCGUAAUGUAAUUCUUGCAUUUAAGUAUGUUUAGACGGAAUGCAUGGAUAAUUCUUGAAUUUUGAACAGCGCUGGUUUUAGCUGCGAUUUGUGUGUUGUUAGGAAUGGCCUUUAUCCCCACAUUUCGCUAAGCGCCUGUCGCACCAUCGUGUAUGCCAAUCAUGUGAAUGCCUUUCAGUCGGCAGUCUUAAAAUCUAAGCUGACUUAACUAUUUUAUUUUUGGGUUUACUUUAUGUAACUUUUUUUUGAGGAUUUGUUUUAUUUUUGUAUAAAA